UUUAUUUGGUCAGGUCUUAGUUCGUCAUUCAUUCAUUUUGUUUUAUUGCAAUAAGUGGUUUCGUUCGUGUUAUGUUGCGUUGCGUCACGGUUAUGUGGUGAAUUAUUAUAAUUUAAUUACUAUCUAUAAUGUAUGUAAAACCUAUACAAUACUAGGAUAUAUUCAACUCCUGUUUAAAGAUGUCAUCGUUCGUCAACCACCGAACCGAGGCCACUGUGUGUGUCGACGAGGCCUGCACGAGAGACAACGUUACUUACUACAAAAUUACUGUUAAAGUGGGACCUGUGAAUUGGAACGUGUGGCAUCGGUACAGUGAUUUUGUAGACCUGCACAAUAGACUCGUGGCCGACCAUGGCGUCGCUAAAGACUUGCUUCCUCCAAAGAAAGUAAUUCGAAACAAAACACCUAAAUUUGUUGAGCAGAGAAGGGAAGCACUCCACGAAUACCUCAAAAAUGUCUUCAAUUACCUAAGGCUGACCAUGCCGUCGGAAUUCGCCCAUUUCCUGGAUUUCCACUUAUAUGACAUUUUCUUCCUGCUACAAGAUUUGGCAAAAAAGCUUUUCCUGGAAGGUGACAAGAUGCUACAAGUGGGAAAAUCCUACAGUUUUACACCUUUGGAGUUGCAUGCAAUAAGCGAACGAUUAAAAAUUGCGUGUCCUCCAACUGAGAAACAAGACCAAAUGUAUGAUUUCAGUCAUGUUCUGGACUUCUGCUCCCAACUGCAGAUACUAUGCAUCAAGGGAAGUUAUGAGAAACUUGGCACCAGUAAUAUUGUACCCAAUGAACUACAAUUUGAUUUGGUGUCAUUCAAAUCUUUGAUAGAUCUGAAAAUUAUUGGUGUUCCUAUGGCCUGCAUACAGAGCAUUGGAGGCCUUCGUGACACAUUGGUCAGCCUGUCGGUGCUGAUUGCCAGUGUAGUUUCCUUGAAUGAGUUUCUUUUAGUUGAUAUUCUUCACAAGGACCCGUCUAGUAUAGCCGAUACAGUGAAAUGGAAAAAGCUUUCGAUGAUCAACUUCGCAAGCAACAAUAUCGAGAGCGUGGACUGGGCCAUCCAGUUAGUGCCGAAGCUGCAGCACCUCAGCCUCUCCUCCAACAAGCUGUCGGAGCUGUGCGACAUCUCCAGCCUGCACCAGCUCCGGGUCCUCAACCUCUCCCUCAACAACUUCUCCGUUUGCGAAAACUGGCACGCAAAAAUAGGUAACAUUGUAAAAAUCGAUUUGUCUCAAAACAAAGUUGAAACACUGCGAGGGUUCUCUCGACUAUACUCACUGGAAAGCCUAGACCUGAGCUGCAACAUCAUUAAUGACGUGGAGGAAGUACAACAUAUUUGUAAACUGCCUUGUUUAGAGUAUCUGUGGCUAACAGCCAAUCCUGUCGCGUCUUCCAUAGACUACAGGGUGAAGGUCAUAGAGCAGUUCAACGCUCGAAUGAUGGAGAUCUGUUUGGACAAUGAGAAAGCGUCCGAAAAAGAGUUGGACACCGCCAGGGUGCUGCAAGCGCUGCGCGUUGUGAAGGAGGGAAAGACACCCAGUUUCUUGCAAAACAGCAACACCAGUCAUAGCUUCAAUAAAAGUUGACAAAUGAGUAUUAUAAAUAAAUAUUAUAAUUGAUUAUUAAAUUAUAUCACUAAAUAUUGUACCUUUGGCGAAUUGAUAAGUCUCAUUAUUUUAUUUUAAUAAAUAAUGCAAUAGUGAAUAUGCAUGAAUAAUAUUGGCUAUUUAAAUAAUUUAACCUAAAUACUGAUUUAUAAUUUUAAAGUUCUUUCAUUUUUGUAUACCUGUGAUGCUAAAUAACUUAGUUAAUAAAACCCGCUUUUACGCAAAUUUUCAUUACCCAAACAAUGUUUCCCAAAACGAUUUGAUUGCCAGCCAACGUUUUGCGUGAAAAUGUUAUGCAUCUGUUUUAUUUCCCAACUAGAUUAACUAAAUUGACUGAUAAUGAGUUCGCAUAUUUUGGUAUGACAUUUGGCGUUUGUAUGAACACCCAAAAAAAAAUCGAUUAGCAAUUUUCCAGGCUACGUUCUCAAAAAAAUAUGAAUGGCACUGUACAGUUUUGCUUUCGUUUAACCUAAUUUCAUGGAUAACAGAUAUAAGCAACUUUUAUCUUUGUUUUUGGGUAUAAAUGAAGACCCUUGUUAUUACACCCAGGCACAACACAUAUCUUCCACCGUGUGCGUGUAUCUUCGUCUGUUGCGCGUGUUUAUGAUUUUGCCAAGGGAACCAGUUGGGAAGUGAAAUUAUGCCAAUAAUUGUUUGCGAAGUGAAAGUUUGCCAAAUAAUUUUCGCCGAAAUGCUAUUUCUAGAACUAAUUAAAAACAUAACAUGCGUAUUCCUUAUUGACUUAUUUAUCUAAUUUGACUUGCAUCUGAUUUAACUUGUGUAAAACAUUUGGAAACAUGUUUGUAUAUGUAUAACUAUUUGAUUUGUAAAAUAUUGUGAUAUUAAAAUGAACCACAUAAUUUUAGAGACAUUAAGUAAAAUCAUAGCUAGUGAAUAAGACAUGUUUUGCAACAUUCGUUAAUUUCAGGGUGUUUGUAACAUCGUAACGAAUACUGAGGAGGGUGAUUCAGACCAUGAUUCUGAGUUAAUAUCAAGUGGGAUUUUCCAUCGCAAAAUUCAAGUAUUUUUGUUUUUUAUUUAUUUAUUUUCAAUUCUAUGCUUUUGUGACGGAACAUUCCACUCGAUAUCAACUUAGGAUCAUGGCCUGAAUUAUCCCUCAAAGUUUUCGUUACGAUCUCACUAACACCCUGUAUACGUUUAUGAUAUGACACUUUUGUAUUGUGUUUUUGUGAAACAUUUAAUUAGUUAUUAGUAUUAAUUCCAAAAGUAUUAUUGUUAAUGACGAUAACAGAUGUUUGAUAAUAAUUCAUAAUUAGCUUUAAUGUUAUAUUAUUCACAAACAUAGUUUGUAUUUUAUACUUACAUUUAUGUAAACAAUGGUGCUUAUUCCUGUCAACACCAUCUAAUUUUAUUUUAAGUUAUAUCUGUCAUUUUCUUAUCCGCCGAAAAGGAAAAGGACGGGUAAUCGACAUAAAAUUUAUGGAACACACGUCAAUUUUAAGCACAAAUCUAAAACAACCUUCUCAAAAUAUUACAUUGGCCAAUAAUCCGACAGAAUUAUGUUGACAGCACACGUCAAACGGUUUGCAUACCAGCAAGAUACCUUUUUGAUUCGCCCGGGAUAUUCAUUCAUUUACUCAUUCUUCCUAAAUUAAGAGCUGUUGAUCAUCCGUCCCUUUCCUUUUAGGCGGAUAAGAAAAUGACAGGUACAACUUAAAGUAAAAUUAGGAGGUGUCUGCAGGAAUCGGGGCCAUUAUUAUUAUUGUACCUAAAUGUAAGGAACCAACUUUUAAUUGCGUAACAUUUUAUGGAUAAUAAAUAAAUGAUGUAUAUAAUGAAA